AUGAGCGAAAAAGUAUUAUAAGAAUUUACCGCAAAAAUAUUAAAAGCUAAAAACUUAUAUGAAGCAACGAAAAAUCAAUGUGAAUAACUAAAAAGAGAAGCAAUAAAAUUAGAAAAAGAGUAUUUUUAAAUUUCUUAAAUACGUAAAGAAUAGGAAAUAUAAGAAGAGAAUUUGAAAAAUUAAUACGAAAACACCAAAAAAUCAAAUAAAGAAGAAAGCGAUAAAUCUUCAAAAGAAAUUGAAGAGUUAAAUUAAUUAAGAACUUUAAAGAAAAAAAUAAAAAGAGAAAAAGAUAUUUAUGAAAGUGAAAUGAUUAAAAAUUCUCUUAAUUUAGAAGAAUUAGUUAAAGAAAGAAUUUAAUUAUAAUAAAUAGCUAAAUAAUAUUCCGAUAAAUUAGAAAAUAUUACUGCUGAAAAAGCUGCAUUAUAAGAUGAAUAUGUAAAAACAAAUAGCGCUAUAGAUGAUUAUUCUUUAAAAAUAAAAGAAUUAAAAGAUGAAAUGGAUACUAUGAAAGGUCUUAUUUCUUAAAGUAAUUAAGUCGGUGAAAUAACAGUUUAAAAUACUUAGAAUAACUAAAGUAAUAAUGGAAAUUAAAAUAACAUUUGA